AUGCUGUCAUUGGUCCUCCUAGGAUUUGGCGUUGCAUUUUCGCUGGGACAGAAUUACACAGAACCUCUUGUUUUGGAGGGAAAGUGUCUGGUGGUUUGUGAUGCGAACCCGUCUGCAGAGGGAGCGCUGACCUCUUCCUUCGGGAUAUCUGUACGAGCAAGCGGUGCUAAAGUGGCUUUCUCUGCACUCAGGGGAACGAACCAUGAACCUUCUGAUAUGAGCAAUACGCCUCUGACCAUCUACUUUGACCAGGUUAGGGAUUAUUUGUGUCUUUCAUGAUUUGUGUCUUUUCAUAGGCUAAUAUUGAUAAUGUAGACCACAUGUUUGUACUCUUUAGGACGUUUAACGUUUUUCUCAUUGCAGGUAUUAGUGAACAUUGGCAACCAUUUCAAUCUGCAAGCGAGUAUAUUUCAAGCACCAAGAAGAGGCAUUUACAGUUUUAGCUUCCAUGUGGUGAAGGUUUACAACAGACAGACUAUACAGGUACGUGUCUAGGGAGGUCUGUAUUGAGAUGCCAUUGAAUUGUGUUUUUUUCUUGUCUUUAUCAUACCCGUUGCAUAUAACACUCUGCAGGUAAACUUGAUGCACAACGAAUACCCUAUAAUAUCAGCUUUCGCCGGGGACCAGGAUGUCACUCGAGAGGCUGCGAGCAAUUCAGUCCUUCUGCACCUGGAACGGGAGGACCAACUCUACUUGAAGCUUGAGAGGGGGAAUCUAAUGGGUGGAUGGAGGUACUCAACGUUUUCUGGAUUCUUGGUGUUUCCACUCUAAUCACAACUCUCAAAUCAAGUUACUCUUUUUUAUUUUCUUCAAGGACGUUGGCCUCCCAUCCCUGGGCUUUAAUUAUGAAUACAUGUAUAACUGACUGUGAGAUAAAGUAGGCUAUAUGGGUAAUUUAUGACGAAAUUAUUCCGUGCUAUGAGGUUGGGAUUUGUAUUGCUGAAUGUGACUGAUUGUUGGUAUAUUAUUGCCUAUUCAAGCGAUUGUCAGUUGCGACCAUUCAGUCGCUAUCCAUGGUCCUGCAACCGCAGACACACUCGGUAGCUGUCCGUGGCGCUGAAAGCACAAAACGCAUCUCAAGCGUACAUAGCCAACAUGUAGCAAUUGAGCGUUGGCUCUAGUGUCAACGUUGUUGCAAUAGUGACAUUGAAAUAUUGUAAUCAAAUAAUAUUUUCCAAAGGUGUGCAAAUGUAGGCUAGCUGGCAUUUGGACCUAUAUUGCACAUUGAUACAGUGUUAAUUUUGGCACUCUUUUUUAGAUUUAGUCUAGUCUUAGUCAUCUUGACUAAAAUAACAUUGUUUUAGUCACAUUUUUCUCAUUUGAAUAAUGAUUAAGUCUAGUUAUUGUCAAAAUGAUGAAAACAGUGCGCCAUUUUAGUAAACUAAAUGCCCUUUAAUUUUAGUCACGUUUUAGUCACAUCACAUUUGUGUUGUCUCAUUAACCUAUACUAAACAUAAAUCACUGACUCCCAUGUGCACAAACAUACAUAGCCUUGUCCUAUCAACAUAAUUUUCAACAUAGCAUCAUAUUCUAUUCCCAACAGCAGAAAUAUGACAAACAUACACUACCGUUCAAAAGUUUGGGGUCACUUAGAAAUGUCCUUGUUUUCGAAAGAAAAGCAAUUUUUUUGUCCAUUAAAAUAACAUCAAAUUGAUCAGAAAUAAAGUGUAGACAUUGUUAAUGUUGUAAAUGGCUAUUGUAACUGGAAACUGCUGAUUUUUUAUGGAAUAUCUACAUAGGCGUACAGAGGCCCAUUAUCAGCAACCAUCAGUCCUGUGUUCCAAUGGCACGCUGUGUUUGCUAAUCCAAGUUUAUCAUUUUAAAAGGCUAAUUGAUAAUUAGAAAACCCUUUUGCAAUUAUGUUAGCACAGCUGAAAACUGUUGUGCUGAUUAAAGAAGCAAUAAAACUGGCCUUCUUGAGACUAGUUGAGUGUUGUGGGUUCGAUUCCCACGGGGGGCCAGUAUAAAAUAAAAAAAAUGUAUUCACUAACUGUAAGUCGCUCUGGAUAAGAGCGUCUGCUAAAUGACUAAAAUGUAAUGUAAUGUAAUGUAAUCUGGAGCAUCAGCAAUUGUGGGUUCGAUUAUAGGCUUAAAAUGGCCAGAAACAAGGAACUUUCUUCUGAAACUCGUCAGUCUAUUCUUGUUCUGAGAAAUUAAGACUAUUAUAUGCGAGAAAUUGCAAAGAAAUUGAAGACCUCAUACAACGCUGUGUACUACUCCCUUCACAGAGCAGCGCAAACUGGCUCUAACCAGAAUAGAAAGAGGAGUGGGAGGCCCCGGUGCACAACUGAGCAAGAGGACAAAUACAUUAGUGUCUAGUUUGAGAAACAGGCGCCUUACAGGUCCUCAACUGGCAGCUUCAUUAAAUAGUACCCGCAAAACACCAGUCUCAACGUCAACAGUGAAGAGGCGACUCCGGGAUGCUGACCUUCUAGGCAGAGUUGCAAAGAAAAAGCUGUAUCUCAGACUGCCCAUCUUAAUCUUUUCUUUUUAUUGGCCAGUCUGAGAUAUGGCUUUUCGUAUUUCCAAGCCACUGUAAUGCACUUUUGACGAAGCAUUGAGUAGAAUGCUCAGUUGGGCAUCAGUCCAAAACGAACAUUCAAAAAACUAUUGUGAGGAAACAUGCAACCCAUGAAUAGCUAGCUAAUGAGGUAACAUGACUGAACAAGGUGUAGCCUAAACAAAUGGUUAAUGGUCUGGUCUGCAAGUAGCCUAGUUUUAGAAUGGCCUGCGAUAUGCUUUAUGAAUGUAAAAUGCUGCCCGCCAAUGCAAGACAGAAAUAAAAAUAUUUAGUGCUGGUAUUAUGGGUAAUAUCUUUUGGACAGUUAGGGGUAGAAUCAAGCUGUUUUCUCUGAGGAAGAGAGGGAGACUUGGCUAUGUUGGCUACAGAACCUGGUUAUGAAAUACAGUGGGAAAAGUUGAGCAAGACUACAAAUUCAAAAACAGCCUACUUUUCUAUACUCAAGGGAGUUAAAAACAUAGCUAGACUGUUGUUUUAUUAUUAAACUCAAUGCUGCUGUUGUUUUUAAUUUCGUAAAGUAGCUUGUGUUUCUUAACCAGUCAAAGGGUAUCUAGCUAGAAGGCUGGUGGUGACUGGUUAGCUACGGGGAAGAGAGUGUAUAAAUGGAGGCAGAGCCCGAGCGGAACCUGUAUGCUUGUCUGCCCACACUCAUUACUUGCUCCCCCGCAGCUCACCAGCUAAUGUAGGCUUUGUGUGCAGGGUGUGGCAGCGGUCCUUCCCACUGCUGAACAGAACUGCACUGCUAACUGCUAAUAUUAAUUGUGCUUAUCACUGAAAAGUUCUCAAUCUCUCCCAGAUAAUGUAGUCUUGUCUUGUUUUAGUUAACUGAAAUGUUUUUUUUUUUUAGUUAUAUAUAAAUAUAUAAUACUUUUUUGGGUCAGUUAUAGUCUCAUCAAUUGCCACUGAAAAAUAGAUGUUUGAGGAAUAUUGUAGUCACCAUUUUUGUUUAACUAAAUUAACACUGCAUUGAUAUUAUGUACUGGACAAUUUAACCUCUAAAUAAAGAUAAGUGACUAGAACCUCUCUCUCUCUCUCUGUGUGUGUGUGUGUGUGUGUGUGUGUGUGUGUGUGUGUGUGUGUGUGUGUGUGUGUGUGUGUGUGUGUGUGUGUGUGUGAAUAUGCACCAGUUAGACCUCAGAACUGCUGGCGUGUGACUGCUAAAUUGUGUAGCUCUUUGUUUUUACAUUUUAGUCAUUUAGCAGACGCUCUUAUCCAAGAGUGACAAUAUAAUAAGUUCAUUCAUCUUAAGAUAACUAGGUGAGACAACCACAUAUCACAGUCCUAGUAAGUACAUUUUCCCUCAAUAAACAAGUUAUCAGCAAAGUCAGUGCUAGUAGGAAAAGCAGGUUGUUGUUUUGUUUAGAGGGAUUUUUCUGAUGUUGGUGCUGUAAUUGGAUAUGUCAAUGACCGUAUGCAAAUGGUUUUGUGUGUGUACAGUAUGUAAUUUUGGGUGUAAGUGUGUGUUAGACUAGAGGGAGGGAGAGAAAGAGGGAGAGAUAGAGAGAGAGAGUAGACAUCGUUUUCAUUACACCUAUCUAUACCUGUGACACGUGUAUCAUUUACCUUGACAUUAUAAACCCCCCACUCACUCUCACUCUCUCUCUCUCUUUCUCUCUCUCUCUCUCUCUCUCUCUCUCUCUCUCUCUCUCUCUCUCUCUCUCACUCUCUCGCUCUCGCUUAUCCAUGGGGAAACUGUAUCCAUCUUAUCCCAGCAGCAGUCAUGUCUGGUGAGCGUGCACCCCUGUGCCAUCAGAAUAAAGUACUCAGCUCAAUAGCUCCUCAGCGUGUGAGCAUGGCUUUAGCCUUUUGAUGUCUUUCCUCUUCCUCUGAGUUCACACUGAGAGCAGUGGAAUGACCAAGGACAAAAACAAUCUGUGCUGCGCCGACACCUGGCAUGUACAGUGGGGGAAAAAAGUAUUUAGUCAGCCACCAAUUGUGCAAGUUCUCCCACUUAAAAAGAUGAGAGAGGGCUGUAAUUUUCAUCAUAGGUACACGUCAACUAUGACAGACAAAAUGAGAAAAAAACUUCCAGAAAAUCACAUUGUAGGAUUUUUAAUGAAUUUAUUUGCAAAUUAUGGUGGAAAUAAAUAUUUGGUCAAUAACAAAAGUUUCUCAAUACUUUGUUAUAUACCCUUUGUUGGCAAUGACACAGGUCAAACGUUUUCUGUAAGUCUUCACAAGGUUUUCACACACUGUUGCUGGUAUUUUGGCCCAUUCCUCCAUGCAGGUCUCCUCUAGAGCAGUGAUGUUUUGGGGCUGUCGCUGGGCAACACAGACUUUCAACUCCCUCCAAAGAUGUUCUAUGGGGUUGAGAUCUGGAGACUGGCUAGGCCACUCCAGGACCUUGAAAUGCUUCUUACGAAGCCACUCCUUCGUUGCCCGGGCGGUGUGUUUGGGAUCAUUGUCAUGCUGAAAGACCCAGCCACGUUUCAUCUUCAAUGCCCUUGCUGAUGGAAGGAGGUUUUCACUCAAAAUCUCACGAUACAUGGCCUCAUUCAUUCUUUCCUUUACACGGAUCAGUCGUCCUGGUCCCUUUGCAGAAAAACAGCCCCAAAGCAUGAUGUUUCCACCCCCAUGCUUCACAGUAGGUAUGGUGUUCUUUGGAUGCAACUCAGCAUUCUUUGUCCUCCAAACACAACGAGUUGAGUUUUUACCAAAAAGUUCUAUUUUGGUUUCAUCUGACCAUAUGACAUUCUCCCAAUCCUCUUCUGGAUCAUCCAAAUGCACUCUAGCAAACUUCAGACGGGCCUGGACAUGUACUGGCUUAAGCAGGGGGACACGUCUGGCACUGCAGGAUUUGAGUCCCUGGCGGCGUAGUGUGUUACUGAUGGUAGGCUUUGUUACUUUGGUCCCAGCUCUCUGCAGGUCAUUCACUAUGUCCCCCUGUGUGGUUCUGGGAUUUUUGCUCACCGUUCUUGUGAUCAUUUUGACCCCACAGGGUGAGAUCUUGCGUGGAGCCCCAGAUCGAGGGAGAUUAUCAGUGGUCUUGUAUGUCUUCCAUUUCCUAAUAAUUGCUCCCACAGUUGAUUUCUUCAAACCAAGCUGCUUACCUAUUGCAGAUUCAGUCUUCCCAGCCUGGUGCAGGUCUACAAUUUUGUUUCUGGUGUCCUUUGACAGCUCUUUGGUCUUGGCCAUAGUGGAGUUUGCAGUGUGACUGUUUGAGGUUGUGGACAGGUGUCUUUUAUACUGAUAACAAGUUCAAACAGGUGCCAUUAAUACAGGUAAUGAGUGGAGGACAGAGGAGCCUCUUAAAGAAGAACUUACAGGUCUGUGAGAGCCAGAAAUCUUGCUUGUUUGUAGGUGACCAAAUACUUAUUUUUCACCAUAUUUUGCAAAUAAAUUCAUAAAAAAUCCUACAAUGUGAUUUUCUUGAUUUUUUUUCUCAAUUUGUCUGUCAUAGUUGACGUGUACCUAUGAUGAAAAUUACAGGCCUCUCUCAUCUUUUUAAGUGGGAGAACUUGCACAAUUGGUGGCUGACUAAAUAAUUUUUUUCCCCACUGUAAAAGUCCGUAAUCAUACCUCUCUCUAGUCCCGUUUGUACCUGAUGCUAACAUGGGUCCUUUGUCCUGAUCUUGUCUACAUUCUGAUUGUGCCCACAUUUCCAGAAAUGUGUCUACACAUGUUAUUUAAAUGUGUCUGUUAUCCAUCCAUCCACUGUGUCUGCAUUGUUACCAGAUUUCCUGGUCCCUUUCUUUAUGCAAAGUAUUUCACAGCUAUUCUUUCAAAAUAAUAUUUAUUUAGUUAUUGUAAGACACAUAUUGAUAUAAUCAGUUAAUCGUGACACCUGUCAAUGAUUUUAGAGGGAGGAAUAAUUUAAAUGUUUUCUCUGUCCAGAUCUGUCUACACUAUAGUCUACACAUUGCUCGUCUGACUGCCUCCGGAGGUGGGCAGAAUGAUCUGGUCACAAUCAGAUCACAAUGUGUAUUUUGAUUGUCUACACCUGUCUAAGAAUGUGGCCAAGAUCAGAAUGUGGACAAAAUCACUACAAAAGUUAGAAGCAGGUAUAAUCGGGGCUAUUGAAACAUCAUGUGUAUUUGCCCUUUCUUAUCGAGAUGGGAAGUGUCCUUUUCCCAGAAACCCAGCCGACUUUUAUCCUGGCUGUACCUUGUUAACCCUGACUUUUAACGUGUUUGGAAAACACGGCUGCGUUUACACAGGCAGACCAAUUCUGAUAUUUUGCCCAAGUAUCGGCAAAAGAGCAGAUCUGAUUGGGCAAAAGACCAAUUAGUGGAAAAAUAUCAGAAUUGGGCUGACAGUGUAAACACAGCCCACUUGGCCCACAAAAUGCUGUUUUUUCUCUUAAAUGAAAAGUAACUGCAUGGUUUAAAAAAUGUAUCAUAGGCUGCAUUUACACAGGUAGCCCAAUUCUGAUCUUUUCCCCAAUUAUUGGCAAAAGUGCUGAUCUGAUUGGUGAAAAGACCAAUUAGUACAAAAAUAUCAGAAUUAGGCUGCCUGUGUAAACACAGCCAUUGACAUAUGCAUGAAUAUAGCUUUUCUAGCAGCGCUACUUCAAUGACAUAGGCAGCCCAAUUCUGAUAUUUUUUCAACUAAUUGGUCUUUCGACCAAUCACAUCUGAUGUUUUCACAUCUUUUUCAGAGCUGAUCUGAGUGGUCAAAACACCAAUUAGUGAAACAAAAGAUCAGGUUUGAGCUGCCUCUGUAAACAGAGCCAUAGUUCCUUGCAAGAAUUUACAAAAACAACAGCAUAUGCUAGACUUAUUGCUUGUCAGGAAGAUGCUAACGUUGCAUUUCUUCUAGGUGAUCUAUAGUUGUUCCAGUGUGUUAAUGAAAGACUAUUCUAUCACUGUCUCUAAAUCACCACAUGGUUUAUGUUACUUAAAUUAGUCAUUUAGAUUCUGCUGAAAUUGCAUUCUGCUUCAUUUGAAGACUUGUGUUAUUAUUUAGAUUACCCCAGUUGAACUAUGUACUCCCAUCUGCUUCUCACAGUGAUGACCACACACUAUUUCAUUCUGAAUACACUUAAAUCAGUUUAUGCAAAAUAUGUGUUUUGUGCAUAGAUUUUAUAUACAGUACCAGUCAUAAGUUUGGAUAUACCUACUCAUUCCAGGGUUUUUCUUUAUUAUUACUAUGUUCUACAUUGUAGAAUAAUAGUGAAGACAUCUAAACUAUGAAAUAACACAUAUGGAAUCAUGUAGCAACCAAAAAAGUGUUAUAUUAUAUUUGUGAUUAUUCAAAGUAGCCACCCUAUGCCUUGAUGACAGCUUUGCACACUCUUGACAUUCUCUCAACCAGCAUCACCUGGAAUGCUUUUCCAACAGUCUUGAAGGAGUUCCCACAUAUGCUGAGCACUUGAUGGCUGCUUUUCCUUCACUCUGCAGUCCAACUCAUCCCAAACCAUCUAAAUUGGAAUGUGGUCGGGUGAUUGUGGAGGCCAGGUCAUCUGAUGCAGCACUCCACCACUCUCCUUCUUGGUAAAAUAGCCCUUACACAGCCUGGAGGUGUGUUGGGUCACUGUCCUGUUGAAAAACAAAUGAUAGUCCCACUAAACGCAAACCAGAUGGGAUGGCGUAUCGCUGCAGAAUGCUGUGGUAGCCAUGCUGGUUAAGUGUGUCUUGAAUUCUAAAUAAAUCACCAACAGUGUCACCAGCAAAGCACCCCCACACCAUCACACCUCCUCCUCCAUGCUUCACGGUGGGAACCACACAUGCGGAAAUCAUCCGUUCACCUACUCUGCGUCUCACCAAGACACGGCGGUUGGAACCAAAAAUCUCAAAUUUGGACUCAUCAGACCAAAGGACAGAUUUCCACCGGUCUAAUGUACAUUGCUCGUGUUUCUUGGCCCAAGCAAGUCUCUUCUUCUUAUUAGUGUCCUUUAGUGGUGGUUUCUUUGCAGCAAUUCGACCAUGAAGGCCUGAUUCACACAGUCUCCUCUGAACAGUUGAUGUUGAGAUGUGUCUGUGACUUGAACUCUGUAAAGCAAUCUGAGGUGCAGUUAACUCUAAUGAACUUACCCUCUGCAGCAGAGGUAACUCUGGGUCUUCCAUUCCUGUGGCGGUCCUCAUGAGAGCCAGUUUCAUCAUAGCGCUUGAUGGUUUUUGUGACUGCACUUGUUCCGGAUUGACUGACCUUCGUGUCUUAAAGUAAUGAUGGACUGUUGUUUCUCUUUGCUUAUUUGAACUGUCUUGCCAUAAUAUGGACUUGGUCUUUUACCAAAUAGUGCUAUCUUCUGUAUACCACCCCUACCUUGUCACAACACAACUGAUUGGCUCAAACACAUUAAGAAGGAAAGAAAUUCCACAAAUUAACUUUUAACAAGGCACACCUGUUAAUGUGACUAUCUCAUGAAGCUGGUUGAGAGAAUGUCAAGCGUGUGAAAAGCUGUCAUCAAGGCAAAGGGUUGCUAUUUUGAAGAAUCUCAAAUAUAUUUUGAUUUGUUUAACACUUUUUUGGUUACUACAUGAUUCCAUAUGUAUUAUUUCAUAGUUUAGAUGUCUUCACUAUUAUUCUACAAUGUAGAAAAUAGUAAAAAUAAAGAAAAACCCUGGAUGAGCAGGUGUGUCCAAAAUUUUGACUGGUACUGUAUAUACAGUGGGGGAAAAAAGUAUUUAGUCAGCCACCAAUUGUGCAAGUUCUCCCACUUAAAAAGAUGAGAGAGGUCUGUAAUUUUCAUCAUAGGUACACGUCAACUAUGACAGACAAAAUGGAGAAAAAAAACUCCAGAAAAUCACAUUGUAGGAUUUUUUAUGAAUUUAUUUGCAAAUUAUGGUGGAAAAUAAGUAUUUGGUCAAUAACAAAAGUUUCUCAAUACUUUGUUAUAUACCCUUUGUUGGCAAUGACACAGGUCAAACGUUUUCUGUAAGUCUUCACAAGGUUUUCACAAAUUGUUGCUGGUAUUUUGGCCCAUUCCUCCAUGCAGAUCUCCUCUAGAGCAGUGAUGUUUUGGGGCUGUCGCUGGGCAACACGGACUUUCAACUCCCUCCAAAGAUUUUCUAUGGGGUUGAGAUCUGGAGACUGGCUAGGCCACUCCAGGACCUUGAAAUGCUUUUUACGAAGCCACUCCUUCGUUGCCCGGGCGGUGUGUUUGGGAUCAUUGUCAUGCUGAAAGACCCAGCCACGUUUCAUCUUCAAUGCCCUUGCUGAUGGAAGGAGGUUUUCACUCAAAAUCUCACGAUACAUGGCCCCAUUCAUUCUUUCCUUUACACGGAUCAGUCGUCCUGGUCCCUUUGCAGAAAAACAGCCCCAAAGCAUGAUGUUUCCACCCCCAUGCGUCACAGUAGGUAUGGUGUUCUUUGGAUGCAACUCAGCAUUCUUUGUCCUCCAAACACGACGUGUUGAGGUUUUACCAAAAAGUUAUAUUUUGGUUUCAUCUGACCAUAUGACAUUCUCCCAAUCCUCUUCUGGAUCAUCCAAAUGCACUCUAGCAAACUUCAGACGGGCCUGGACAUGUACUGGCUUAAGCAGGGGGACACGUCUGACACUGCAGGAUUUGAGUCCCUGGCGGCGUAGUGUGUUACUGAUGGUAGGCUUUGUUACUUUGGUCCCAGCUCUCUGCAGGUCAUUCACUAGGUCCCCCCGUGUGGUUCUGGGAUUUUUACUCACCGUUCUUGUGAUCAUUUUGACCCCACGGGGUGAGAUCUUGCGUGGAGCCCCAGAUCGAGGGAGAUUAUCAGUGGUCUUGUAUGUCUUCCAUUUCCUAAUAAUUGCUCCCACAGUUGAUUUCUUCAAACCAAGCUGCUUACCUAUUGCAGAUUCAGUCUUCCCAGCCUGGUGGAGGUCUACAAUUUUGUUUCUGGUGUCCUUUGACAGCUCUUUGGUCUUGGCCAUAGUGGAGUUUGGAGUGUGACUGUUUGAGGUUUUAGACAGGUGUCUUUUAUACUGAUAACAAGUUCAAACAGGUGCCAUUAAUACAGGUAACGAGUGGAGGACAGAGGAGCCUCUUAAAGAAGAAGUUACAGGUCUGUGAGAGCCAGAAAUCUUGCUUGUUUGUAGGUGACCAAAUACUUAUUUUCCACCAUAAUUUGCAAAUAAAUUCAUAAAAAUCCUACAAUGUGAUGUUCUGAAUUUUUUUCUCUCAAUUUGUCUGUCAUAGUUGACGUGUACCUAUGAUGAAAAUUACAGGCCUCUCUCAUCUUUUUAAGUGGGAGAACUUGCACAAUUGGUGGCUGACUAAAUACUUUUUUUCCCCACUGUAUAUACAGUGAGGGAAAAAAGUAUUUGAUCCCUUGCUAAUGUUGUACGUUUGCCCACUGACAAAGACAUGAUCAGUCUAUAAUUUUAAUGGUAAGUUUAUUUGAACAGUGAGAGACAGAAUAACAACAACAAAAUCCAGAAAAACACAUGUCAAAAAUGUUAUAAAUUGAUUUGCAUUUUAAUGAGGGAAAUAAGUAUUUGACCCCUCUGCAAAACAUUACUUAGUACUUGGUGGCAAAACCCUUGUUGGCAAUCACAGAGGUCAGACAUUUCUUGUAGUUGGCCACCAGGUUUGCACACAUCUCAGGAGGGAUUUUGUCCCACUCCUCUUUAAAGAUCUUCUCCAAGUCAUUAAGGUUUCGAGGCUGACGUUUGGCAACUCGAACCUUCAGCUCCCUCCACAGAUUUUCUAUGGGAUUAAGGUCUGGAGACUGGCUAGGCCACUCCAGGACCUUAAUGUGCUUCUUCUUGAGCCACUCCUUUGUUGCCUUGGCCGUGUGUUUUGGGUCAUUGUCAUGCUGGAAUACCCAUCUACGACCCAUUUUCAAUGCCCUGGCUGAGGGAAGGAGGUUCUCACCCAAGAUUUGACGGUACAUGGCCCCGUCCAUCGUCCCUUUGAUGCGGUGAAGUUGUCCUGUCCCCUUAGCAGAAAAACACCCUCAAAGCAUAAUGUUUCCACCUCCAUGUUUGGUGGUGGGGAUAGUGUUCUUGGGGUCAUAGGCAGCAUUCCUCCUCCUCCAAACACGGCGAGUUGAGUUGAUGCCAAAGAGCUGGAUUUUGGUCUCAUCUGACCACAACACUUUCACCCAGUUCUCAUCUGAAUCAUUCAGAUGUUCACUGGAAAACUUCAGACGGGCCUGUAUAUGUGCUUUCUUGAGCAGGGGGACCUUGCGGGCGCUGCAGGAUUUCAGUCCUUCACGGCGUAGUGUGUUACCGAUUGUUUUCUUGGUGACUAUGGUCCCAGCUGCCUUGAGAUCAUUGACAAGAUCUUCCCGUGUAGCUCUGGGCUGAUUCCUCACCGUUUUCAUGAUCAUUGCAACUCCACGAGGUGAGAUCUUGCAUGGAGCCCCAGGCCGAGGGAGAUUGACAGGUCUUUUGUGUUUCUUCCAUUUGCGAAUAAUCGCACCAACUGUUGUCACCUUCUCACCAAGCUGCUUGGCGAUGGUCUUGUAGCCCAUUUCAGCCUUGUGUAGGUCUACAAUCUUGUCCCUGACAUCCUUGGAGAGCUCUUUGGUCUUGGCCAUGGUGGAGAGUUUGGAAUCUGAUUGAUUGAUUGCUUCUGUGGACAGGGGUCUUUUAUACAGGUAACAAGCUGAGAUUAGGAGCACUCCCUUUAAGAGUGUAAUCUCAGCUCGUUACCUGUAUAAAAGACACCUGGGAGCCAGAAAUCUUUCUGAUUGAGAGUUACAUCAAUGUUGCUUAAAAAUCCUAACCUUUUUUUACAUUUUGAGAUAUCCACACAUACAGUAUACAAAAUUAACAUCUACCUUGACAAGCAUUAGUAUUGGGAGACAGUUUUCAUUCAUUAUUCAGUUGUCUAUGUGUGGAUAGGUCUAUGAUAGAAGGAUGGUGUUUUUCCUUGUGAGUGUGUUAGUUUUAUUUUUGUGCUCCUAGAACUUCCUGCUGACUGUUAGGAAAAUCUCCCCCUAAUGGUUCACGGAGGCAGUGUGUAAAUAAUGAACAAGGGCAUCUGUUCAAAGCUGUUAUUUAAUAUUUUCCUUAUCCUGAUUAACUCAAUAGGCAGGCAUUAGCGCUUCACAUUGUUGUUCGUCAAGAGUAUUCUUUGACAAAGAUUGUCUGAAUUCAUAAUAAAAGUGGUAUUUUAGAAUGAUCUAUUGCACUCCUCCUUUUGGAGUGGUAAAAUGUCACUUUCUUUAUUAUGAUAUUUUGAUAUUCAUAUUCUUCAUUAAAUCUUAUUGAAUGAAUGCCAAGCCCAUUUUCCCAUGGUAACCUUGACAUGAAGGUUGAAUGGGCAAAAUCAUUUCCAUAUUUACCCACCAAGGACAGAUUCAAUCUUCAUCCUGAUUGUCAAACAAUAUAUUUGGCUACAUCUGCAUGUGUAGGCAUCCAGCUCAAAGUAAUCUCAUACUUAAUUGAAGCUGUCACUGGAUGAGCAUGCAUGGCGUUCCACUGUAUUAUCUGAAACUGUGCUGCAUAAGAACCCCUAUAAUGUGAAGAAGAUACAUACUGCACUGGAUGAGAAGUCUUCUGGGGUUAGUGAUGGCAGAUGGCAUGGCUUUCAGAAUAAAGCAUCAAUAUGACCAACUAUUCUGCAGGGCCAAGAACCCACUGUAAGUACUGUGAUUAUAGUGUGACUCUGCAUCCUAUGAGUGGUUUGAUGGAAAAUAAAACAUACAAUAAAUAAAAAAUAUGCUUUUUUUAUCAAUAUUAAUUAUGAAUAUGAAUUACUCUGCAACUCUUCCAACUAUUUACUUUUUUCACAACUGCCACCAGUUUGGCACCAAACCAUUUACAACAAGGACAUAUUGACAUAGCAAAGUAAUAAAAGUGUGUAAAAAUAUAAAGGAUAUUAAAUGUGAAAUCACUAUGUACUGAAACGAGUUACAUUUAGGAUCAUAUUUAACAGCUUUGUCAUUUCAUGUUUUAAAAUAUAAAAUCAUCUUAUUUUAUUAUUUUAUAUAUUCUACAUGUUAUAAAAAUUCCAUAAAAUCAUUGAAAGUUUACACAAUUCUGGUUGUUUACUGGUAAACUUAGAAAGUUACCAGUAAGAUACCCUCCCUUUGCAACUCUAGUCAAAGUGCAUUAAGACAGCAGGCAACAUUGGUCCGAUGGUUGGGACAGCUGGCAGGGCUGAAGUUACUUUGCAGUCGCCUGAGAGAUACAGGAGCCAGAGACACAUGUUGAGAAGAGGAGAGUUUCUAUUGGACAAAUUCAGGUAGAUCCCUCCCUGUUUCGUUUGCUUCUGUUUAGGAAACGUUUUGCAACAGAAUCGGCGUAAUGAAUACGCCCCUAAUCUCUGAAGACUGAGAAGCACAUACUUUUAAGUUCAGAGUAACAUUUCAAAAUGAAAACAUUCUGUAUAAUGAUUAAGAACAGACAGACUAUGUUAUCUGUGAAUAUGUCCUUUAUUAGCAGUUUAUUAACAGUCAUAAACACCCCUCCUUUAACUGCAUUGAAGAUCUGCAAUAAGUCGGUGUACAGCCUUUCAAAAAAGUGUGUAUAAUUUCUUUUUUUUUGGGGGGGGGGGGGGGGGUUUAGACAAACCAUACGUUUGGGUGAGACGUACCAUAACAAGUAUUCUACCAUAGGUAGCAUUUCAUGACCUGAAAAGUAACAAGGUGAAGCAUUUUUCCCUUAUACUUACAGUGACAGGCAAACAGUAAAGUUUAGGCUACACAAACGAGCCAUUAUCCUGAUAUAUGGUUAUACACAGUCGAUGACGAUUAGUUCUCCCAAAUUACAGCAUCAGAUGUGUGGUAAUAAAAUGUUCUUCCUCCAUAUACUCAAUGUAAUUCACAUGCAAUGAGAAACCAUCACUGCGGCAAAAUAAAAUAAAAAACUUUACUAAAGACUCAGCAGAGAGAACUUUCAGAUAUCAAAAUCAUACUAGCUAGUAGCUACAGUACUAACAAACUGGUUUAAUGUAAGACAACAAACCACAUGGGACAAUGCAGAAAUGUUGAGUGUAGUAAUUAUUAGAAGUCUUUGUGCUUUAUAUAACAAAACACUUGGUCCAUCAAAACACAAUUAACAGAAAUAAUCCAACGCUAAAAAAAUUAAAAUAGAUUUGAUUAAGGUUCAGCUUCAAUCCUUUGCUUUGAGGUUGGGAGUAUAACUGUAUGCUCACUAUAUAUGUUAGUUGCUGGCAUUGGCUGUUGGACACAUCACUAGAUAUGGAGACACUGUACUUUGUUACAUGUACUGAAAUCAAAUUCACAAAAAAGAAUUGUAACAGCCAAGAAAAAUGUCAAAAAGUUAAAAACAAGGACUAUGUCACUGAUCUAAAAUGUGCAAGAAAGUCCAAUUGAGUUUCAUUUAACCCCUUCAGUAGUGCUUUUCCUGCAAGUAAUCUUUCAUCUUGUUUGGCAAAGGCAACUUCUGGAUAAGGUCGAUCCGUGUGUACUGACGGAUGACAAACCGACAGAGGUACUGCAUGGAGCGCACCUGCAUAAACCUUGAGAUAGGGUUUGUCAGUCUGACAGGAUACGUUGCAGUCCCUGGUGUGCGAGAUCGUGAAUAGCAGAAGGCUCCACUCUCAGAAUCUAUGAUAGAAUGUUCAAUGAGUUCCACAAUUGAUAUGUGACCCUCCACAUCUGGCUGUUCAUAGAAACUGAAACUGCCAUUGGAGUGUUCGAUCCUGGUGUGGAGGGUCUUACCCUGUGAACGAAAACUCAAGCUCAAAAGAUAACGAUCAUCUGAGCUGUCUCGCACCAAGAAUGACCCAUCUGGCAGGCUGGCAAGUUUUUCCUCAGCUUCCCAACGCGUUAUAGGACCCCAGUACCAACCCUGCUUGGCCAGUUUCUUUAGCUCUACUGUAAGGCUGGUUACAAUCAUGGGCCCACUGUGCUGAACAGCAUCAUAAACCCUGCCAACGCCAGGGGCUGAAUUGGGGUCAAAGUUGAGAUGAUGCAUCACUCUCUCCGCACCAUGUGAGUGAGAAGAACCACCAUAUACUAGGAAACUCCUUCGGAUGUGACUGCCAGGUAGAAAAGGGGAGAGAGGAGGCUCUAUUCUAGAGUCUUGAAUCAAGGCACAUUCAGCAUCAUAGAGCAGUCGAUUCACUGAUGGGUCCAUGAAUAUGUCUGGUGACAUCAGCUUCUCCUGGUCAAUGGGCUCUUCCUCUGCACAAGGAGAGAAGCGCUCAGGCUGAGGCACCUCAUCCAUUGGAGAGGAACUAUCCAAGCCUUCUGCAGGGUCAAGUUCAUAAUCUAAAGGCAUUGCAUAGUGAAUAUAGUCCUGAGAUGCUAGUCCAACGAUUGCAGGUACAUUUUCAUUGUCAAUACCUAGAUGCAAAUCACCAUUCUGAGGCUCAGUGUUCUCGGUUGAUUCCUGAAAAGGCCUAUCCCUUUGGGGGUCAGGGAAUUCUUUCAGAAUGCCAUUCAGAGAUGGGCUUGGGUCUGAUGAGUGUAUCAUAGCUUUCACUUUCCCAUCCAUCCUAAGGCAUGUUUCCUCAGAAUUUGCUGCCCUGAGCACCCAUGGUGUGGGGCUAUAAUGGUGACUACUAGAUCUUAGAUGGCGUUGUGAUUUGACGUCAUUAAAGAAUAUGGGUGCUGAGGAGCAUGAGAAUGUGUCAUCUUCACAGGUCACCGAUGUGGAACUUUCCUUUAUUUUAUUUUUCUGUUUUGCAGAAAGCCUCCUUUUCAGUGAUCCCAUAA